GGAAAAGUACACCAAAGUACUCCGGUGUGAACGCACCGGAGUACUCACAGGGCUCUUUGAAAUUGGCCACACUCCAACAUCUGCAUCCUGAAACACGACCUCCAAAUGGAGUAUGGGCAGCGUUAUGUGUACGUGUCGGCCAACAGGGAGAUUUGCCCCGACCUGCCUUAUGUACAGAGACUGUUCCACAAGGUGUGUAGGGAGGAGUAUGGCACGCAAACAGGUCCCACGAUGUUGGCAGCGCUCAAGCUUCAAGUGGAGAUUUACAACAAUAAGUGUAAUGACACCUGUGCUCUCCUGGGAACAACUUCCCAGGGAGCUCCUCUUGUGGUUGUGUGUUCUCCACUCAUGAAGAAAGUGCACCAACUGAAGCACAGUGGGGAGCUGUGCUUCAUAGAUUCCUCAGGGAAUAUGGACAGGGAGAACUGCAGGGUAUUCCUCCUCCUGACCCACAGCUGUGCAGGUGGCCUCCCUCUGGGCAUUCUCCUCUGCCAGUCUGAGGAUGAGCAGACUAUUGCUCAAGGGCUGGAACAGCUAAAACAAGUUGUUGGAGAGAAGGGCUUUGCUGGCAGAGGACACGAAGGGCCACAACUGGUCAUCACAGAUGACUGUAGGGCAGAGAGGGGAGCUCUGGGAAAAGCAUUUCCUAAGGCCACACUUCUCCUGUGCUCCUUCCAUCUGCUACAAGCAGUUUGGAGGUGGCUGUGGAGCAAGGAGAGUGGGGUCACUCACGGAGACAGACCGGCACUUUUUGCCAUUGUAAAAGAGAUGCUUUACUGUCAGGAGAUAGGCAGUGUGGAUAGGCUUUACAGCGAGGCAAGAGGGCAUCCAGUUGUAGCCAGGUAUGAAAAGUUCCUCAGGUACUUGGACCGACUGUACGCCAGAAGAGAGUGUUGGGCCCUCAGUUAUAGAGGCAGUUUCCUCACCAGAGGAAACAAUACCAACAAUUUUGCAGAAGCGGCAAUGCGUGUCCUCAAGGACAAAAUACUGCAGAGGACAAAGGCCUUCAACCUUCCUCAGCUGUUUGAUCUGCUGACCUCGAGGCUGGAGACCUAUUAUGAGGCACGCAUUGUUGAUGUUGCCCUUGGACGCUGGGAAUCAUUCCAGCGAGCAAAAUUCCUCCCCCAAGAUGGCAACAUUGCAGCAUUGCAUAUUCAGCAGAUUGAGGACAAGAAGUUUGUGGUGAAGGGAUCUACACAAACUUAUGAUGUAGACAUGGAUUUGGAGCUGUGUUCUUGCCCUGCAGGACAAACAGGAGCGCCUUGCAAACACCAGGCAGCAGUGAUGAAACAUUACAGCUGUUUGUCACACUCCUUUCUACCAAUAAACCCAGAGAUGAGAGCAGAGCUGAUGAAACUGACAUCCGCAGAAACCAUCUCUUUGGAUUUCCUCCAACCCCUCAGACUUAAAAGGCAAUCAUGUCAGUCGUUUAGAAGCGCUCAUGAACCAAGCACUACGCAUCAGGAGCAACAAGAUGAAGAGGCAGGACACUUCAGUGCCCCUCUACACCCUCUGACUCCUCGUCACCCCCACCCCUCUGUUUAGAGGCAGGACACUGGUAUUCGGUGCCCCUCUACACCCUUUAUGUAUCUGUUUGUAUAUGUGUAUGCCUUUCUUUCUCAUUUGUUUUUCACCUUAUGUCUUUGUCAUGUCUUAUCCCAUUUAUGGCCUGUACCUUGUCGUGGUAAGUGGGCUUUUUACCAAAUCAGGCCUCAAGGUGUAUCUCAAAUGCUGAAAUAUAACCUCCCUGUUAAUACAAAUCCAUUACCCUACAUCACAGUAUGAAAUGACUAAAGGUCCACUGCCCUCUGCAGUCAUGAAAUCUUUCCAGAGGCUGGUGUUGAUCCAACCUUAA